UUAUUAUGUGCCUGCUCUCAGUCAGACAAUCCUUACUCAGACAUAUACUGGCAUAUUAAAUGCACGAAUUGCCUGCGUAGUCCAAACUGCACACUGGCUAUUGCUUAUUUUCUAUUCUAUGGGCAUCUGAUGACUCGUUCUCCCGCAUUUGUGAGACGAUAGAGGAUAGCUGUUCAACCGGCACAUCUAUGGCAUCGGAUGCGCAAUAUUCCUAUCCCAGCCGCGUAACAUCUUCCGGGUCGAUAGAAGUUCGCCUGGUCUGCACAGGAGAGUGUCUGCAAAGGGGAGCUGCUUCUUGUGUUGACUCCUCCAGGGGUGAGCAUUGGAUGCGGGCACCAUGGCGAGUCUGCUUCGUGUUGUAGUGACCAGCUGCUCAGUUCCUGUGUUCAGUGGAGUCUCCUGUUUGAAACUGCAAAAAGCUCCAUCAGUCAAAACUCACUUGCGCUUUUUCAGGACCUACCCUGCCUUGGCAAGAUGUGCCAGCCCAGGAGUUCCUUACAAACAACUUACAGUUGGAGUUCCUAAAGAGAUAUUCCAGAAUGAGCGGCGUGUAGCUCUGUCUCCUGCCGGUGUGCAGGCGCUCAUCAAACAGGGAUUCAAUGUUGUUGUGGAGUCUGGUGCUGGGGAAUCAUCAAAGUUUCCUGAUGAACAGUACACUCAAGCUGGAGCUUCAAUAAAAGAUGUGAAAGAUGUGUUGGCAUCGGAUGUUGUGGUCAAGGUUCGUGCUCCUGUCUUUAACCCUGCCCUGGGUGUGCAUGAAGUGGACAUGUUGAAAGAUGCCGCUACAUUAAUCAGUUUCAUCUACCCUGCUCAAAACCCAGAACUGAUGGACUUGCUUUCCAAAAAGAAGGCUACAGUUCUGGCUAUGGAUCAAGUGCCCAGAAUCACUAUCGCCCAGGGUUUUGAUGCGCUUAGCUCUAUGGCAAAUAUCGCUGGUUACAAGGCUGUGGUGUUGGCAGCUAACAGUUUUGGACGCUUCUUCACCGGACAAAUCACUGCAGCUGGUAAAGUGCCUCCCGCAAAGGUACUCAUUAUUGGAGGUGGUGUGGCUGGUUUAGCAGCAGCUGGUACUGCCAGAGCCAUGGGAGCUAUAGUUCGAGGAUUUGAUACAAGAGCUGCUGCUUUGGAGCAGUUCAAAUCUUUGGGUGCAGAGCCUCUGGAGGUGGACAUCAAGGAGUCUGGAGAGGGCCAGGGAGGAUAUGCCAAGGAAAUGUCAAAGGAGUUCAUAGAAGCAGAGAUGAAGCUGUUUGCCAAACAGUGUCAGGAUGUGGAUAUUGUCAUCAGCACUGCUCUAAUCCCUGGUAGAAGGGCACCCAUUCUAAUAACCAAACCAAUGGUUGAGAGCAUGAAAGAUGGGUCAGUAGUAGUGGACUUGGCUGCUGAGGCAGGCGGCAACAUUGAGACAACAGUUCCUGGGGAGCUUUCAGUAUACAAGGGUGUGACACAUAUUGGCUACACAGAUCUGCCAAGUCGGUUGCCCACACAGUCCAGUACUUUAUAUUCUAACAACAUAACUAAGCUUGUUAGAGCCAUCAGCCCUGACAAAGACAACUUUUUCCUUGAUGUCAAGGAUGAAUUUGAUUAUGGCACAAUGGAUCAUGUUGUCAGGGGAUCUGUUGUCAUGCAGAAUGGAAAGAAUCUAUUCCCAGCUCCUCAACCCAACAAUGUUCCUGUUGCAGCACCACCAAAACCAAAGUCAGUUCAAGAACUGGAGGCAGAGAAAGCUUCACAGAUCUCUCCCUUUAGGGCUACACUCACUACUGCUGGCCUGUAUACUGGUGGUUUGGUCACCAUGCUGGGUCUGGGUGUUUCUGCCCCGAAUGCUGCCUUCACUCAGAUAGUCACGACGUUUGGCCUGGCUGGUAUCGUUGGAUACCACACAGUGUGGGGAGUCACCCCUGCUCUGCACUCUCCACUCAUGUCUGUCACCAACGCCAUCUCAGGUUUAACAGCAGUGGGUGGUCUAUCUUUGAUGGGAGGUGCUUACAGCCCAGAAACUACUGCUCAGACAUUGGCUGUGCUUGCUGCCUUCAUCUCCUCAGUCAACAUUGCCGGUGGGUUCCUUGUGACUCAGAAGAUGUUGGACAUGUUUAAGCGUCCCACUGAUCCCCCUGAGCAUAACUACCUCUACUUGCUUCCUGGUGGUGUGUUUGUUGGAGGCUACGCUGCAGCUCUACAGUCUGGAUACAACAUUGAGCAGAUGAUGUAUUUAGGCUCUGGUCUAUGUUGUGUUGGAGCCUUGGCCGGGCUUUCCAAUCAAACCACAGCACGUCUUGGAAAUGCAUUGGGAAUGAUGGGAGUUGCAGGGGGGAUUGCAGCCACAUUGGGUGCCCUCAAGCCAAGCCCUGAACUUCUGACUCAAAUGAGUGCUGCCAUGGCUGUAGGAGGAACUGCCGGCCUGGCCAUCGCUAAGAGGAUCCAGAUCACUGACUUACCGCAGCUGGUGGCUGCUUUCCACAGCUUGGUUGGCCUGGCUGCAGUGCUCACCUGUGUGGCUGAGUAUAUGAUCGAAUACCCCCACUUUGCCACAGAUCCAGCUGCCAAUCUGACAAAGAUUGUUGCUUACCUUGGCACAUACAUUGGUGGCAUCACAUUUAGUGGCUCUUUAGUCGCUGGCAAAUUGCAAGGAAUUCUGAACAGUGCUCCUCUAAUGCUUCCUGCCCGUCAUGCUCUGAAUGCCAGCCUGAUGGCAGCCUGUGUUGGGGGGAUGGUUCCCUACAUGCUUGAUCCCAGCUACACUACAGGCAUCACCUGCCUGGGAUCUGUCUCUGCCCUGUCUGCCGUGAUGGGUGUAACACUGACAGCGGCCAUAGGAGGCGCUGACAUGCCUGUAGUUAUCACAGUGCUUAACAGCUACUCGGGCUGGGCCCUGUGUGCUGAGGGGUUCCUGCUGAACAACAACCUGCUGACUAUUGUUGGAGCACUUAUUGGAUCUUCUGGGGCUAUUCUGUCAUACAUUAUGUGUGUAGCUAUGAAUCGGUCCCUGGCUAAUGUAAUCCUGGGAGGCUAUGGCACGUCUUCCACUGGUACAGGAAAACCUAUGGAGAUCACAGGAACUCACACUGAGGUCAAUGUGGAUCAGACUGUCGACAUGAUUAAAGAGGCUCAUAACAUAAUCAUCACUCCAGGUUAUGGGCUCUGUGCUGCAAAGGCCCAGUACCCGAUUGCAGAAUUGGUUAAGAUGCUGACGGAAGCUGGCAAAAAAGUCAGGUUUGGUAUACACCCUGUGGCUGGUCGUAUGCCUGGUCAACUUAAUGUACUGCUGGCUGAAGCUGGUGUCCCAUAUGAUAUUGUGUUGGAGAUGGAGGAGAUCAAUGAGGACUUCCCAGACACUGAUUUGGUUUUGGUGAUUGGUGCCAACGAUACCGUAAACUCUGCUGCUCAGGAAGACCCCAAUUCCAUCAUUGCUGGUAUGCCUGUGCUGGAGGUCUGGAAGUCUAAGCAGGUGAUUGUGAUGAAACGUUCAUUGGGUGUGGGAUAUGCAGCUGUUGACAACCCCAUCUUCUACAAGCCCAACAGUGCGAUGUUGCUAGGAGACGCCAAGAAGACUUGUGAUGCUUUGCAAGCCAAGGUUCGCGAAAACCUGAGCCUUUAAUGCAGGAGUGCUUUAAAAAUCCACUCAAAGCACAGGGACUGUAGGGAAACUUGGAAGAUGUUAGACUUUUUUGUCUUUUAUGUCAACAUUUUAACUUACUUGUAUACCUCACAAGCAGAUUGAUAACUUUUAAUCAUUAGAAUACAUGUUCUGAAUCCUUCUGAAACUGUAUGAAUCUAAUGAAAUUACAUACAAACCUCAAUAAUGUGUGUUCAGAUGGGGAGAUUCCAUAAAGAUGCUGUUAUAUAGGGAACAACUUAAAAUGUGUUCUGUUACCUCCUUAAUGUAAAUGCAUUUUAUGAACGUUUUAGAUACUCUUAUUUCCACUGUUGUUUUUUAAUAAUAGUAAAUAGAUAGUAACAAAACAUUGACAGUAGAGUUUUUCCUGAGGUGUGACUGUGGCCCAUUUUUUUCACAUUUCAGAAAAUUCGUCUUUAUUGAGAAAUGUUUUUUCACAGCAACUUCAUUAAUUUACAAAUUACAUUACAAAUCACAUAAUCGAACUACACUAAACAAUGAGGCUUAAGCACUUGGCAUCUUUACGUAUGAGGUCAUCUAAAGACUUGUAACAGUAUUUUGACUUAGUAGAGGUCCACUUAGCCCAGAAGUGCAGUAUAUUUAUUCCAAUCUUCUCAACCACUCUAGUGUGUAUCCUCAUUACUGCUCAUUAGUAAAAGAAGGAAUGUUAUUCAUAAGAGGCUGGAUUGUACCUGUUCUUCUUAUUAAUCCAUAAAAGCAUAGUGUUAUGAUUUUUUUUUUAGUUUUUUAAUUUUAGACUUUCCAUCGAUUAAAAAAAAAAAAAAAAAAAAAAACGCAUACCAAUACACAUUUUCGGCUGUUUGUUGUUUUAUUCAGAGUAUUAAAAGUUACAACAUAAUGAAAAUCUUUCCAAGGGUUUAGGGAACAAUAAUUGCAAUCAUUGUCUGUACUAACAAUUACAGUGAGCUGGGAAGCAGUUACUGUAAUGUGCUGUGUGUUAAACUUACUGGGACCCCUUGAAGUUGACCUGGGCAACUACCCUACCUCUACAUAUAUUGAUAGGACCUUUUCUUUCCCUUUGCUUUCUGACAUAAAAUGGAUUUAAUUCCCCAGUGCAUAUUUAAGUUUAACUUCUUUUCUGUUCUUGUAACAAUCAAGCUGCUGUAUUUUUGAUGCUGUAGUGAGUUUCAAUUAGGUUUCUGUUUUGGUAUUUUUCCACACAGAGCAAGCAGCCUGUGUCAUUUUUGUCUGGUAACUUGGAGUGUAACUUCUCAAGUGAAGGGAACUGAUUGAUAACUCUUCUCAGUCCAACAUAGCCCCUUGAUUUCUACUGUGAAUGGUUUUCAUCUGUCACAGAACUUGCUCAUCCACAAUAAAUGUGUUACACCA